CCUCCGCUUCCCAGAGAGGCCGGAGGCAGUGCUCAGGAGGGGAGGCGGGGUGUGACGCCCUUCUCUCUGAGCUCACUUCCGUCCUCUUGUUGCGGCUCCGUCCCUCGGGCCUCGUGGAGGGUUUCACUGGAUACGAAUAUCCUUGAGGAUGUUCAGUGUGUUCUCUCUCUCUCUCUCUCUCAUUGGAGCUGACACGGAUUGGUAGGGUAACCUCUGAACAAAUUUGUGAAGAACACCUUGUGAAAGCUUUGCCAGAGGGAAUCCUCUAAGUCUAAAGUGUCUUGAAGAUACACAACAAUGACAAGAAGAAUAAAUAAAUAGUAGAAAAAUGAAUUUCAAGCUACAUAUCUGUGCAAUUAAAGGCAGAAAAUAAAAUUGUGCUGUAAAAAGAGGCUUGGGAAAGCGAGCAAAAGUCUACAACAGUACAAAGACAAUGAUGUUCAGGAGGUUGUAUCUGUAAACAACUUGUAUAAUGUUUGAAUUAUAAAUGUAAAAGAAUGGUAAAUCAUCUACCUCCUGAUCCUACAUCACAAUCAGGGGAGAAGCCAUAUCAAUACAUGGAAUGUGGAAAAAGUUUCAGUCACAUUGGAAAUCUGCUUUGCCAGCAAAUGACUCACACAAGGGAGAAACCAUAUCAGUGCAUGGAAUGUGAAAAGAGCUUCAGUCUCAGUGGAAAUCUACAUUCCCAUCAGAGGACCCACACAGGGGAGAAACCACAUAAAUGCAUUGAAUGUGGAAAGAGCUUCAGUCAGAGUAGCAGCCUACGUACCCAUCAAAGAAUCCACACUGGGGAGAAGCCACAUAAAUGCAUGGAAUGUGGAAAGAGCUUCAGUCAGAGUGGACAUCUGCGUUCCCAUCAAAGGACCCACACAGGGGAGAAACCACAUAAAUGCAUGGAAUGUGGAAAGAGCUUCAGUCAAAGUUCACAUCUGCAUGUUCAUCAAAGGAUCCACACAGGGGAGAAGCCACAUAAAUGCAUGGAAUGUGGAAAGAGCUUCGCUCGGAGUAAAUAUUUGCAGUCGCAUCAGAGCACCCACACAGGGGAGAAGCCACAUAAAUGCAUGGAAUGUGGAGAAAGCUUCAGUCACAGUGGAAAUCUGCAUUCCCAUCAAAGGAUCCACGCAGGGGAGAAGCCACAUAAAUGCAUAGAAUGUGGAAAAAGCUUCAGUCGGAGAGAUACUCUACAGUCCCAUCAAAGGACCCACACAGGGGAGAAGCCACAUAAAUGCAUGGAAUGUGGGGAAAGCUUCCGUUACAGUGGAAAUCUGCAUUCCCAUCAAAGGACCCACACAGGGGAGAAGCCACAUAAAUGCAUAGAAUGUGGAAAAAGCUUCAGUCGGAGAGAUACUCUACAGUCCCAUCAAAGGACCCACACAGGGGAGAAGCCACAUAAAUGCAUGGAAUGUGGGGAAAGCUUCAGUCACAGUGGAAAUCUGCAUUCCCAUCAAAGGACCCACACCGGGGAGAAGACACAUAAAUGCACGGAAUGUGGAAAGACCUUCAGUCGGAGUGGCAGUCUACGGUCCCAUCAAAAGACCCACGUAGGGUUGAAGCCAUAUGAAUGCAUGGAUUGUGGAAAGAGCUUCGCUCAGGGUAACAGUCUGCGUUCCCAUCAAAGGACCCACACAGGGGAGAAGCCACAUAAAUGCAUGGAAUGUGGGGAAAACUUCCGUCACAGUUUCGGUCUGCGUUCCCAUCAAAGGACCCACACAGGGGAGAAGCCAUAUAAAUGCAUGGAAUGUGGAAAGAGCUUCAGUCACAAUGGACAUCUGCGUUGCCAUCAAAGGACCCACACAGGAGAGAAGCCAUAUAAAUGCAUGGAAUGUGGAAAGAGUUUCAGUCAGAGUGGACAUCUGCAUUACCAUCAAAAGACUCACAUAGGGGACAUGCCAUAUAAAUGCAUAGAAUGCGGAAAGAGUUUCAGUCGUAGUGGCAGUCUACGUACCCAUCAAAGGAUCCACACUGGGGAGAAGCCACAUAAAUGCAUGGAAUGUGGAAAGAACUUCAGUCACAGUAGCAGUCUGCGUUCCCAUCAAAGAACCCACACAGGGGAGAAGCCAUAUAAAUGCAUGGAAUGUGGAAAGAGCUUCCGUCAGCGUGGACAUCUGCAUUCCCAUCAAGGCACUCAUACAGUGAAGAAGCCAUAUGAAUGCAUGCAGUGAGGAAGGAGCUUGUCAGAGUGACAGAAUGCAUUCCCAUCAAAGGACCCCCAUAGGGGACAAGCCACAUAAAUGCAUGGAAUGUGGAAAAAUAUCAGAGUAAGUUCAGCAUGCAUUAGACAUCAAAGAACUCAUGUGUGGCUAGAGGAGGAAACUUGCUUUUGAGUUUCCUAGUUCUCUUUAAAAGAACAUUGGAAGGAAAGAGAAAGGCUGCCCCCUUUUUUCUUGCUGUACCAUGAGCUGCAGUUUUUGUGGCCCUAAUCGAUGGCUACUGGGGGCAGGACUCACUCAGAGGGAGAUCUUUAUCAGUAUAGCAGCAAGAUUUGAAGGGGUUCACCUUCAUAGGCUUCUAGUAAACCCAUCAUAGGCUUCUAGGAUGAUCUUUCAAUGUUUGCUGAAAUGAGAAGCAGAAUCCCUAGAUAAAGGGGUUUUGAAAAAGAAUAACUCUUUGAUAGCAGAUAAUAUCACAUCUUCAUACUCUUGUCUCCAGCCUUGGCUCUACUUCACCUUGGUUAGAAUUUGGAUUCUAGCCCUGUAACUGUAAUCCUUUUCUGUUGUAUUCUGAAUUGUUGACUCUACAUUCUAGACCGACUUCCUGGCUUCAUUUAUGGACUUGGACUUUGUUUGUAUCCAUGACUUUUUGGUUUGACUUUGGAACUUUCGGUUUGAAUGAAUUCCUGGCAUGUGACUGUUGGACUGUAACCUUGGCUAUUGUUUAUUCUUGCUCCUGACCUGGAUCUGUAGUAUUAGACUUGUCUUCAUUAAUUGAACUCUUGAACUUGACUUGUGUUCAUCGUUACUACAUCUGUAUUGCUGCAAUUGUGUUAUUUUAGCCGGACUCAGUACUUCGGUUUUCUUAUAAGUAAAUGAAGUCUAGGCUUAUCAUGUGUUUGUCAAAUAAACCAGAUUUUAUACUCGGA